CAGCGGCGGGAGCAUGGCCCAGCGCCGGGAGCCGCGUCCCGCCGCGCCGCCCCACCGGGAGCUGAUGGCGCUGGGGUGGUACCAUGACAAUCUCACCCGACACGCAGCAGAAGCGCUGCUGCUCUCCAAUGGGAAGGAUGGGAGCUAUCUUUUGAGGAAGAGCAAUGAAAGGGAAGAUCUGUACUCCCUCUCUGUAAGGGGAAAAGAUUCUGUGAAACACUUCCAUGUUGAAUGUACAGGAACUUCAUUCAGAUUUGGAUUUAAUGAAUUUUCUAGCUUGAAGGAAUUGGUCAUGCAUUUUGCAAACCAGCCUUUAAUUGGAAGUGAAACAGGAACCUUAAUUGUAUUGAAGCAUCCCUACCCACGGCAAGUGGAAGAACCUUCCAUUUAUGAGUCUGUCCGUGUUCACACUGCAAUGCAGACAGGAAGGACAGAAAGUGACCUUGUCCCAAAUGCUCCCUCACUUGGUACCAAGGAAGGAUAUUUGAUUAAACAAGGCAAAAUAGUCAAGAGCUGGAAGACAAGGUGGUUUACACUGCAUAGGAAUGAACUUAAGUACUUCAAAGACCAGACAGCUACGGAACCAAUUCGAGCACUUGACUUAACUGAAUGCUCAGCUGUGCAAUUUGACUAUUCCCAGGAAAGAGUCAAUUGUUUCUGUUUAGUGUUCCCACUAAGGACAUACUACCUGUGUGCAAAAACUGGGAUAGAAGCUGACGAGUGGAUUAAAAUCCUGCGGUGGAAACUGUCACAAAUACGGAAGCAGCUGGAGGAGCGCAAUGCCACCCUCAGUUCCUAGCUGUGUGCCAGCACUCCUGCUCCACUGGCAGGAAUGGCCUCUCUCCAAGGGGAAGCCUCUUACCAGUGGGCAGCCUCACGUCUCCAGUGCUGUCUGUGCCCCCACACAGAUGUCACCCAGCUCUGCACACACGGGAUCCUGCAGCUCUAGGGCCGCUGAGUCACACGUGGGGACGGUUGUACAAACAGAGUGUGGGUUUAACACGUGUGGUGUAUGCUUGUAAUACACUUAAUCCAAACACCUGCCAACUAAUCACAGAAGUGGUCACUGUUCAAAACUUACGUGGUUAUUCAGAGCACUCAAUAAUUUAUUGCAAGCUCCAUCACAACAAAGGAUCAGUAUCCUGUUCUGUAACCUUGAACCUUUUAUUUAAAAGAGGUCCUUUCUGGAAACAUUGUCUUUUUAUUAUCUGUUUAGGCUUUAAACCACAAGAAAAAUGACAGAAUUACAUUUUGUAAAUAGUAUCUAUAUUGCAAUCCAGAAAGUAGUAUUUCAAGGCCCUUUUCAAAGUGACAGAUGUGUGACACUUAGUUCUGGUCCAACAAAUUUUUAUAUGGUUUAUCUUUAUACCACAGCGAUGGCUACAAGGGAAUGUUUGUUUCAAACAGCAUCUGUAGGUAAUGGUGAGCAGCAUCAUGUAAGCACACAUAUACAGCCAGGGUUAUGAGAAACAGUAGCUGCUUCCUGGCACCCACAGGACACACAUUUAACAGCGUUGUGGCUCACUACAGAGACAAGAAGUGCAACCCCAUGAGGUUGAUGCUGUACUCAAAACAGAUGUUACAUUUUGGAAGCAAAGUUUGACACACUGGAGAGGCUCAAGACCAGUUGCAAGAUGCCCUGAGCAAGAUCCCCUGUGCAAUCCUGUGCCUCCUCAAGGGGUGUGCAAAGAGGGGGUGUUUGGUAAUUGCCUUUACUGGGAGUGCAGAAGAGGAAGACAAAAGCACAUUGGAAGAAGUAAGAAAAUCUAGAUUUGGACAUAUAAAUAGCAUUUUAUUUCAACUUAGUAAUUCAAAGUAUUUGUAAAUAUUUUUAUACAGACUGUUUUCUGAAUAAAAUGUCGUUAUAAAACUACCACAGGUCUUUUAUAUUCCUGUACUGUAUUGUUAGAGCUUUGUCCUCCUUUUUCCCUUAAUGAAGCUUUAACAAUGGCAUCUCCCAUUUAGUUAAAAACCUUUGCCGAGUUUGUGUGAGAGUGAGACAACAGCAGCAUCACUGUCCUUUGAACACUGCUUGGAAAUGGAGCUUGUAGAGAAACCACAAACUUAGCCUUCCCUUUUUCACAGCAACAGGCUGCUUCACAGAACACUGGAAACAAGUUCAGCACGUGAUGUCACAAACUGAAGCCAGUGACCUUGGGUGACAGGCAGAGCAGAAGCAAACAGCAAGGGGAGGCCUGUGCUGGAACACAAACACAUUUUGCCAGAAAUACACACACCUUCCAGCUGCUUCUGGAAUGACCAGCAACAGAAGUCCCAUUCCAGCUUAGUUUAAAUGGAAAAGGGUUGACUGACAAGCUGUAAUCUCUUUUUGAGCCAAGAACUUCCAGUUGUCAUUUCCAGCACCACUGUUUCCCCCAUCUGCCUGAUGCACCAAAGGUUGAUGAGAUGUGAACACAGGGCCAUGGCAUCCCCUUUCCCAGCCUGGGGCACAGACCUGCCCAGAGCAGUCCCUCAGAUCUGCAAUGCUUGGCAGUUGUCAUAAGGGGACAUGGGAGGGAACAACAGGGUGGGGCUAAGUGCACAGGCUUGACCCCCAGCAACAGGAUCUCUGCACUGCCCUGGGACUUGAUAUCCUUACUGCCCAACUGAGAGAAGCACUGGUUAGUUUUCAGCCUAUAAAUUCAUGGAUUU